GCGGUAUUCUUGUUCCAAUCUCUCUCUCUCUCUCUAAAAUACGUUUUCUGAUCUCUCUCUCUCUCUCUCUCUCUCUGUGUUUCUAUUCUUCACUUCCGUUUGAACAUCCAAUCCUGUUUCUCCAAUCACUUUCAACGCCGUUGGCCGGCCCAAAUCCGUUCGUUUCCGACCACGACAACCUUUUUCUUGGGUAUUUAAUUGUGCAUAAAAGCAAGCUUGUUUUCACAAAAUUGGUCCGAACCAUUCAUGGAAAUUUUCCCACCAGUCAUGGCAUCACGACCGUGUGCAAACAUUUUGGAUUUGGCUUCUGGGGACGUACUGGAUAUCCCUCAAACUCCUAGAGCUCUUCCAAGGGUGAUUACAGAUCCUGGAAUCAUUGCUGACUUGGAUGGGGAUUCAGAUGGAAGUUUAUCAGUUUGUCGUGAACGUAUAAUUAUUGUAGCAAAUAUGCUGCCUUUGCAUGCUCAAAGGGAUGCAGAAACAGCUAAAUGGUGCUUCAGUUGGGAUGAAGAUUUGCUUCUAUUACAAUCAAAGGAUGGCUUUUCGCCUGAGACUGAGGUCAUGUAUGUGGGUUCUCUCAAGGUGGAAGUGGAUCCCACUGAGCAAGAAGAAAUUGCCCAGAUUCUUUUUGACAAUUUUAAUUGUGUGCCCACGUUCAUUCCCACUGGAAUUCAGAAAGACUUUUAUCAUGGUUUCUGCAAACAGCAAAUUUGGCCUCUUUUUCACUACAUGCUACCUAUGUGCCCUGAUCACGGCGAUCGAUUUGACCAACUACUUUGGAAGGCUUAUGUGGCUGCAAAUAAAAUAUUUGCAGAGAAAGUUAUGGAAGUAAUUAACGCCGAGGAGGAUUAUGUUUGGAUUCAUGAUUAUCACCUCAUGAUUCUCCCUACUUUCUUGAGGAAGCGCUUCAAUCGAGUGAAGCUAGGGUUCUUUCUCCACAGUCCAUUCCCUUCAUCUGAGAUAUAUCGAACUCUUCCUGUUAGAGAUGAAAUUCUCAAAGGAUUGCUGAAUUGUGAUCUAAUUGGCUUUCAUACUUUUGAUUAUGCACGUCACUUCCUAUCUUGCUGCAGUAGAAUGCUAGGUCUGAACUAUGAAUCUAAGAGGGGGCACAUUGGGCUUGACUACUUUGGCCGUAUGGUGUACAUUAAGAUUAUGCCUGUGGGUAUUCACAUAGGCCGACUUGAAUCGGUGUUGAAUCAGUCUUCUACAUCCCUCAGAGCCAAAGAGAUUCAAGAACAGUUCAAGGGUAAAAAGGUAAUUAUUGGAAUCGAUGAUAUGGACAUUUUCAAAGGCAUCAGUCUGAAACUACUGGCGUUUGAGCAGCUAUUGCAUGAGCAUAAAGAGUUUCAGGGCCAAUUAGUCUUGGUUCAAAUAGUCAACCCCGCUAGAAGCUCAGGAAAAGAUGUACGGGAAGCAAAAAGAGAGACCUAUUUGACUGCCAAAAAGAUCAACGACCAUUAUGGGUCCUCCAAUUACGAGCCAGUGAUUCUAAUUGACCGACCCGUUGCCCGUGACGAAAAGACUGCUUAUUAUGCUGUGUCAGAAUGUUGUAUAGUGAAUGCAGUGCGCGAUGGGAUGAACUUAGUUCCUUAUAAGUAUAUAGUCUGUAGACAGGGCUCUUUGGAAAUGGAUGAUGCCAUGGGUAUCAAAAAAGAUUCCCCUAGGACAAGCAUGCUUGUUGUGUCUGAGUUUGUAGGGUGUUCGCCUUCUUUAAGUGGAGCAAUUAGGGUUAACCCAUGGGACAUUGAUUCCGUAGCUGAGGCUAUGAAUUUGGCUCUCACAAUGCCUGAUUCUGAGAAACAAUUGAGGCAUGUGAAGCAUUAUCGAUAUGUCAGUACUCAUGAUGUGGCGUAUUGGGCCCGCAGCUUUAUGCAGGAUUUGGAAAGAGCUUGUAAAGAUCACUGUAGUAAGCGCUGCGGGGGUAUUGGGUUGGGCCUGGGCUUCAGAGUCAUUUCGCUUUCUCCGAAUUUUAGAAAGUUGUCAAUUGACCAUAUCGUUUCUGAGUACAAAAGGUCUAAUAGAAGGGCGAUAUUUCUGGAUUAUGAUGGUACUGUGGUUCCUCAGAGCUCUAUUUGUAAAAGUCCCAGUCCUGAUGUUGUUACUGUUCUCAAUACUUUAUGUAACGAUUCAAGGAACACUGUGUUUAUUGUUAGCGGGAGGGGAAGAGGUUCACUGAGUGAGUGGCUUUCACAAUGUGAGAGGUUGGGAAUAGCUGCUGAACAUGGGUACUUCGUUAGGUGGUGUAAAAACUGUGACUGGGAAACCAGUCUCUCGAGUGCUGACCUGGAUUGGAAGGAAAUCGUGGAACCUGUGAUGAAGUCAUACACUGAUGCAACUGAUGGGUCUAAUAUUGAAGUUAAAGAGAGUGCAUUGGUAUGGCACCAUCAAGAUGCAGACCCAGACUUUGGAUCUUGCCAAGCCAAGGAAUUGUUGGAUCAUUUGGAAAAUGUACUUUCGAAUGAACCAGUUGUUGUCUCUAGGGGCCAACAUAUUGUUGAAGUCAAGCCACAAGGAGUAAGCAAAGGGUUGGUUGCAGAGAAGGUUCUCUCAAAGAUGGUUAACAGUGGGGAUUCGCCGGAUUUUGUGAUGUGCAUUGGAGAUGAUAGAUCAGAUGAAGAUAUGUUCGAGAGCGUAUUACGCAUGGUCUCUAGUCCUUCCCUGCCUGUAGCUCCACAGAUAUUUGCUUGUACUGUAGGACGAAAGCCUAGCAAGGCUAAGUACUAUCUUGAUGAUUCUACUGAUGUGGCGCGAUUGCUUAGAGGCCUUGCUGAUGCUUCGAGUCCAAAACCUACGAAUAUUGCCCAUUUUCAGGUGUCUUUCGAUAGCUCAUUUUGAGAUAUGAAUGGCGGAGUGAUGGUGUGGAUGGCUUUGAAUUUCUUGGAAAAUUAUUUUUCUCUCGAUCGUGGGUGUGAGCUUAAAUCAGUAUGCAUGGCUGAACCUUGGAUUGACGUCUUUAGGCUGUAUUUGGAUCAAUGAUUUGGGUAAGGGAAGCAAAAAGAACAUAGAGAAGUGAUAGGAUUCCUUCGACUUUUCCUUUUUCUAUCUGAAGGUUUUAUCCAAAUACCGCCUUAGGUUUUUGCGGCUUGUUUGUUGGAUGCAUGAUGGAAGAUUAGAAUGAUGAGUUUUGGUCCCAUUUUGGACACCAGAAUUGAGCCGGAAUAGGAAGCUUCUUCGGGUGAUCCCCUUCGUGUACAGUUUUUGCGGAUCCUCAUAAUGGUUGGCCUUACUGAAAAGAAAGCAGCGUUCAUGUGUAUAGCUACAAUGAUUUUUCAUUCUUCUUAUACGUCAAUGUCAAUUUGACUUAGAAUUGCUAUUGUUCCUUUUGAAUGCUAAUUGAUUUCAGAUUCUGUUGUGAUAGGGUGAUUGAAUACUCGGUGAAGACUGUUGAUGCAUGUCUACGUAAAUAGAAAUGUUCUGCCUUUUCCUUC